AUGGCCGACAAGAAAGGUAGCGCGUACGGCGCGCCAGCAGGCGACACCGACUUUCGCAAGACGUGGGACCUUGACGAGUACGCCGCCAAGGCUAAAGACCGUGAGGCCAAGGAGAAGGAGGAGUCCAAGGCGCGUUAUGAGGCCAAGCUGGCCGGCAAGAAAUACCACAAGCCCCUGACGGGUAACGAGACUUUCACGCAGGCGCGGCGCAACGUGCUGGACCUUAGCGCGCAAGUUGGCAAGACGCAGCUGGUGCCCGCGGGCGCAGGCGUGGGCAAGCGCGGCCGCGGCGCAGGUUUCUACUGCGAGCCCUGCGACCUCACGUUUAAGGACAACAAGCAAUAUGUCGAGCACAUGAACACGCCGCAGCACCUGGCCAACACGGGGCAGACGAACGAGGUGCGGCGUGCGACGGCUGAGGAGGUGAGGGAGCGGAUCGAGUGGCACUGGCAGCGGAAGCUUGACCUUGAGAAGGAGAAGGCGACGAGCCUGCAGGACAGGCUUGCGCUUCGAGAAGAGGAGAGCCUGAAGGAGGCCGAGGAGAGGAGGAAGAAGAGGAAGGAGGCAGACGAGAAGAGGAGGGCGGAGAAAGAGGCGGCAGAGAAGGUCAAGCUGGAGUAUGGGGAUGAUGUGAGGAUUGAGGGGGAGCAUGACGAGGAGGAUAUGAUGGCGGCGAUGGGGAUCACUGGAUUCGGGGGGACGAAGAAAAAAUGA